AAGAUAGUCUAUCAAUGAAGUAGUGAAGGGGGGGGACAUCUCUGGCGAAGGAGAAGGAGAGGGAGGUUUUAGCUGAAACCUUUGUGAGAGAGAGAGAGAGAAAGUUUGGUUUGGUGGGGUUCCCUUCUUUGACUUACUGAAUUCCUGAGGUGACCAACAACACAGAAGAAGUCAGAAAUGAAGUUCAUCAUCGGCAUCGGAGGAGUGACCAACGGUGGAAAGACCACUUUGACAAAUAGACUACUAAAGACAUUACCUAACUGUUGUGUGGUGCAUCAGGAUGACUUUUUCAAGAAACCCGAUCAAAUACAAGUCGGGGAGGACGGCUUUAGACAGUGGGAUGUGAUCAGCGCUCUGGACAUGGAAGCGAUGGUGAACACCGUGAAAGGCUGGCAGGAAAACCCCGUCAAGUUUGCGCGUUCGCACGGAGUCAGUCUGUCACCCGAAGCCGAGGAGUCCGACUCGGAGCUGAGAGGGAUCCAUUUUCUUAUAAUUGAGGGGUUCCUCGUCUACAACUAUAAGCCUCUCAUUGAUGUCUAUGACAAGUGUUUCUACAUCUCCAUUCCUUACGAGGAAUGCAAGCGGAGGAGAAGUACCAGAACAUACACAGUCCCAGACCCCCCUGGCCUGUUCGACGGCCAUGUCUGGCCCAUGUAUCUGAAGCACAGGAAGGAGAUGGACAACAACUGCAGCAGAAUAGAAUACCUUGAUGGAACAACAACGAAGGACGAUAUCUACAAUGCAGUUUACGAAAGCGUUCAGAACUCCCUGCAGAAAUACUUAUAGCAGGUUGGGUCGACACCGGGUUGUGUAUAGACUUGUAAAUAUCAUUUUGAGUAAAUGUGUAACACCAGCUCUGUACUUCUGGCCUGAUUUGUAAAUAGACACCAGUGUAACUUAUUAUGACUGAACAGCAGAAAAAGUGUUUUGUAUAAUCAUGUGUAACUUUUUUUUUUCUAAGAGAUUAGUCACUUCUGGACUGCCCAGUGUUUAACACCUGUAACUGAUGUGAACUUAUAAAGCUGUCACCUGAAACAACUCAAAGAAAACUGAAUGUUUCCUGUUUCCUUCCUGUUAGAUACAAUCAAACACCUCCACACACAAUCACAUAGAGCCCAUAAAGCGUCGUAAAAUGGCGACUCAGUGCCAAAUCCUUUGUGUUUAUUGAACAUGACUGAUAAAAUCCAGUAGGUUGUCACAGCUACAGGUUUAUCGCUACUUCAAGUAGAAGAAGAUGAAAGAAAGCAGGCAACAUGAAGAAGUAAUAAAGAUGGUUAAGAUUAACUUUCUGUUGCAUCAAAGACAGAUUUCCAAAUGUGCAGGAAUUUUUUCCAACUGAAAAGAGUUAAGUGCACCAGUCAUUGACUUCAUAAAAGAAAUUAGCUUGACAAUUCAAGCAAUGCUCAGAAAUUUUUCUAUUUUUUUAAAUUCAUAAGCAAAAGAAUCAGACCAUUGAGUUCACAGAUCUGACUAUUGUAAAUUUUUACCAAUUAUUCAUACAAGUUCACUUAUAUGUACAAAUAAAAGAAUAUUUGUGUCAUGAUAAUUGUAUAAAUGUAAAUGAGCAAGA